GCAAUAAUGGACUUCUGCCUUCUUUUGGUAGGGCUAGAUGAUUGCCUGCAGCAGUAUGUUCACAAGUUCGAACGGGAGAAGAUAAACGGAGAGCAGCUGCUGCAGAUUUCCCAUCAGGAUCUUGAAGAGCUGGGGGUCACGCGAAUUGGACACCAGGAACUCGUGUUGGAGGCUGUCGACCUUCUCUGUGCACUGAAUUACGGCCUUGAAACCGAUAAUAUGAAGAACUUGGUUCUGAAACUGCGAGCAUCUUCUCACAACUUACAGAAUUACAUAAGUAGCCGGCGGAAAAGUCCGGCUUACGAUGGGGACACUUCCCACAAGCCCCCCAACGAACUCCUGACCUCUGUGGUGGAGCUAAUCGGUGCUGCUAAGGCCUUGUUAGCUUGGCUGGACCGGGCUCCAUUUACAGGGAUCACCGAUUUCUCAGUAACGAAGAACAAGAUCAUUCAGCUCUGCCUAGACCUGACCACUACAGUCCAGAAGGAUUGCCUUGUAGCAGAAAUGGAGGAUAAAGUUUUAGCCGUAGUCAAGGUUUUAAAUGGCAUCUGUGACAAAACAAUACGAUCUGCUACAGAUCCUGUUAUGAGCCAGUGUGCGUGUCUGGAGGAAGUUCACCUGCCAAACGUUAAGCCUGGGGAAGGCCUGGGCAUGUACAUCAAAUCAACCUAUGAUGGAUUGCACGUGAUUACUGGAACCACCGAGAAUUCUCCUGCAGACAGAUCUCAGAAGAUUCAUGCUGGUGAUGAAGUCAUUCAGGUUAAUCAGCAAACUGUGGUGGGAUGGCAGCUGAAAAAUCUGGUGAGGAAGUUGAGGGAGAAUCCUACUGGCGUCGUAUUACUGCUUAAGAAGCGUCCCACGGGCUCUUUCAACUUUACCCCUGCCCCCCUGAAAAACCUACGGUGGAAACCACCACUGGUGCAGACCUCACCUCCACCCACGACAACCCAGUCCCCUGAAAGCACAAUGGAUACCUCGCUGAAGAAGGAGAAGCCCGCCAUCUUGGAUCUUUAUAUUCCUCCUCCACCAGCCGUUCCCUACUCGCCCCGGGAUGAGAACGGGAGUUUUCUUUAUGGAGGAUUCAGUAAGUGUAAACAGCCCUUGCCUGGACCUAAGGGCUCGGAGUCCCCAAAUUCCUUCUUGGACCAGGAGAGCCGAAGACGGAGAUUUACCAUCGCUGAUUCUGAUCAGUUGCCCGGGUAUUCGGUGGAAACCAAUAUUCUGCCCACAAAAAUGAGAGAGAAAACACCGUCUCAUGGCAAGCCCCGGCCUUUGUCCAUGCCUGCAGACGGGAGCUGGAUGGGGAUCGUGGACCCUUUUGCCAGACCUCGAGGUCAUGGGAGGAAGGCUUUCUUCAGCAAAACUGUGUAGGAAAACAAAAUCUGCGCAUUGGCCCGUGUCCUGUUUGGCUGAAUGACUUCCGCCUCUCAUCCCCAGUUUCAAGUGGUACCCCCAAACUAUUUCUGUGUCUCAUGUGGUUAGAAGAAAAAGAAUCAUGUAGAACGGUACCCAUUUUGAAAAUUUUCAUGAGAAGGAACUCUUUACAUAAAUAUGAAAUGAGUAGAUUGUGUAUUGCCUUUGCAGAAGCUGAAAAAGACUGUCCUUGGAUGCCUUUUCCAACUAAUGCUGUGGUCGCCGGGAGAAACCGUGGGAGGGACACCAGGGCUGGAAGAUGAUCUUUAGGCCCGGCUUUCAUCUGUUUUAUGGAGUUGUGUCUGACUUUCAGCCAUCUGGGCAUGUGCAGUGUAUCAGCCAAAGGGUCAGCACACACACUAACAGAUGCUUAGCCAAUAUAGACACAGUGGUUGUGGAUAUUGUUUCUGGAAGAACUUUCGUGAAUUGCCCUGAUUGCCCAUGAGUCUCAGUUCAUUUACCUGUGACGUGGGACUGGGGUGGGACUGUGAAUUUUACACACACAUUUCACAGUGAAUUUCCCAGCCCCUUUGGUGUCUCUCUUGUGUUUGCGCCUCUCCUCUGUUAGGGGAACCAUGUGAACGUAUGGCUGUUCGCCCAUGUUAAAUAAAAACCUACAUAAUCAGCAGUCCACACAAUUCAACUACUACUUUGCAAAAGCCCCAAGGAAAGAGAUCAUACUUUUCCCCCUUCUUUCUCUUUCUAGCAAAACUCAAUUCUCUUCUGUACCCUGUGUCACAGCGGUAUUUUGUACUAAUUAUCCCCCUCCCUGGAAUUCUCACUACCCUGAACACCUAAUGUUCACCCCCAACUGUGAUUAUACUCAUCUGUUUAUUUCCUAGGAAAUAAUCCAUUGAAUUCCUAGGAAAAAAUAUAAGACAAUCACGGUGGAUUGACUGAAUUGGCAUUUUAGAGUAUUUGUGCUCGUGGCAAUGCCAGUGGGUGGACAAGCAUUGCCCAUGGGCAUUCAGAUCAGAUGAGCAGUUAAAAAAAAAAAGAAAGAAAGAAAAACCAAAGCAAACAACAACAAUAAAAACUGGAACCUGAUCUUUGGAGUAAAGAAUCAAAUCAAGACCUUUCAAGCUUUGCUUCUCCUUUUGCUCUUAGGGCAUUUAAAUAAAUGGAAGAACAUUGAAGCAAAUCUUGUUUAGAGUAGUACAUUUUACUUGGAAGUGCCUUUUUCAGACUUCUCAAUGAAGGGAUGCCACUGAAAUGCCCCCUUAGAGUGUAUUCAAUGAUGUGAAUUGAAUUCUAGACUUUAGACAACAUAAAAUACACACGUCGAGGUGUAAGGUUUGGUUUGUGUGUUGGUUUUAACUAACAACGAGUUAAUUUUAGCUAAGACUCUUCUCACACCCCUUAAUUAGCUCUUACUUUCAGAUUCUUAAAUCCUGAGAAUGGAUUCAUCCUUCCAGAUCCAAUCACUGGCGUGAGUCCCAAAUUCAUCCCUAUGAGGCUUUCUUUGAUCCUACUCUGGUCAUAAUUAAUUGGUCUCUCCUGUUUUCUAUAACAUUGAAUCAUCUUGUUAGAUGUUUGGCUCUCCAGAUUGGAUUAUUAGCCCUUCUAAAGCAGAGUCUGUCUAACUCACAUGGUAGGCAGUAGAGCAAAUAUUAUUGAAGUAACUAGAUGGAAAAAUUAAUGACUAUAAAGUCAGAAAAAAAUUAGGAAAAAUUAUUAACGUUUUCUGUAAUGUAAAAUUUCAUUACAUUGGCUCUCGUUCUAAAGGAAAACAUUAUACCAGGUGUCAGAACUCAAUCGUAUUUAUAGGAAGAAUAAACCCAGGUUGUCAACAACAGCUUCUUUGGUUACAGGAUUACAGGAACUGCUGAGAACGUAAGCUCUCAGAAGUCUACAGAGGACUCAUUUAAGACUCAUACAGGCAGUUUCAAAUUAGGCAUAGAAAAAUGAAUAGUUGGAGAGUAGGGGCCAAAGAACGCUCCUAUAAACUUAGGUAAGGCCAGGGACCAUUCCGGUUUUAUGACGUUUUGUCAAAGGAGAGUGUUUUGGACCUGAGAAAGCCAAGUGUGUAAAUAGGAAAGCUGUUGAGUAGACAGUGUAUAUUCCUAAGGGCCUUCAUCUCGAGGGGGUGAGUGAAGCACUCCUGAGAACAUUGUUGCUGUGGUUUACAGACAACCAACACGGUUGCUAUCAUCUGAGACUGUGGGAGUGUGGUUUUACAGUAACGUCCUUCGCUCAUGGUGACACUGGGCUCGCCUGGGUCUGUGGGGUUCUACUUUACUGCUCUAUGAAAACAAACAGGAAUUCUGCUCCCCCAGGAACCUACACUGAAAAGAUAAGUAGCAGGAGAUGUUCAACUAUGAUGCAGUUCAACAAAGGAAAAGAAAAUUGAAGAAAUAUCAGAUACUUAAAUAAAUAAAUAAAUAAACAAACAAACAAGUCCUUUGCAAAUCAGUUAAUGAUGAGGAUUACUGGGCCUCUUUCUGGUUGCAUUUCCCCCGAGAAUACAUCUGGGCACUUUUUUCAAAAGCACUCUCGCAGAAUUAACUGAAAAUGUGGACUAUACUCAUUAUAUGGGAAAUGGGAUUGAAUUCUAUUCUUGGCAAUGGAAAAUCCUUGGGGCACGCAAAUGGCAAUGCUCUGCUUUUGUUUUUUUCCCUUGCAUGGGGAGCCCUUGUCCUGAGUACCCCAGGAACCCCUGCCCCCCGCUCUGUGGGCCUUUCUUCUUCUUGCCCUUUUUACCUUUGGCCCCCCGCUCUGCUCUUUUGCCCUUUGUUUCCCUGAUGCAGCUGCAAUGGGAGAAAACACACCACAUUUAUUUGGCAGUUAGGGAAAUGAGCAACCCAAUCCAGCCCAUGCAGCUUCAUAAAUGUGGAGUCUCAACACAGUCUUCUGAACAGUGUGGGGAGAUGAAAACGCCCUGGCAAGGAGUUAAAAGCAGAGGUGAGCAGCUACCUGAUGGCUUCCCCAGAGUUUGGGGAGGAACCGUUGUGGAGACUUUCCGCUGCUUCUUUGUUUUCCAUUUCAUCGAUUUCUGCUCUUUUAUUUUCUCCGUCACUCCAUUUCCUUUGGGUUUAUUCUGGCUUGUUUUGUUCUUUAAUGCUUAUGUUAGGUUCAUGCUGAAACAGUUCAAGUAUUUCAGUGACUCAACACACAAAGGGUUUAUGUGAUCUUCAUGCAGAGUCCACUGUGGAUGCUCAGGUUGGGCAACUCUCCGUGACAGCCUCCCUUUGACCAGUGACUCAAGGACUCAGGCUACUCUUCUGUUAUGGACUCUCCAACUUGGGGCGUUAUCUGCCUGGUAGGUUGAGGUGCAGGACCUGUGAAAGUGAAGCUGCAGAAACCAACUUAGCCUAGAAGUGAUGAUCACGGCCACCCUCGCUGCAAGUGAGGAUGGGAAAGGGAUAUCGGUGAAGAGUAGUAGUUUCUGCCAUGUUUCUUAAGUUGGGUACUUAGCUCAUUAAUAUACGACUCCUAAAAUACUAGUACUUAAGACUGUAAGUUUCCCUUGAAACAUCACUUUUGCUGUAUUUCACAAGG